CAAAUCGCUUCCUCUCUCUCUCUCUAAAAAUCCCUAGCGCCCUUCUUCUCCAGAUCCACGCGAUUUCUUCUCAGAUCUGAAAAUGGCAUUUUCGUUGGUUAUUGUUCUUCUGGUGCUUAUGGCCACUGGAGGUGGUCGUGGUCGUGGGCGAGGCCGUCGAGGGGUAUCAAAGAGGACUCGUACUUCCGACGAGUCAUCCGAUUUUGAUUCGGAUUAUAGGGCGAGCUCCCACGAGGAGGCUGAGGAAACAGCUGAAUAUCCAGACAAGGGGAAAGGAAAAGCCCCGGAAUCUUCGCGUAAGAAAAAGGGUGUUGGUUCUUCUCCUAGGCAAAGCACAGGUGGCCCUGUGAUACGAGAGGGCGGAGUAUGUGAGCGUGAAAGUCGCUCAAAACAUGCUGCGGAGGUUCAAACAACCCGGAGGAAGGCGUUUUCAAGCCAAUCGUGCAUUGGAGAACGUCAUGUUAACUUCACUGAGCUUAUUCAAGAGGUUCCACACUUUGGGCAUUUACUGCAGAGAGCGCCUAUUGAGCCUGUUGGACACAUUCCUGCGCGGUCACUUUUUUGUGUGGAACUCAUUCGGGAGUUCUACAUGCACGGAAAAGUUUUUGCCGAGGACGAGGAGACAGGGACGUAUAUGUUUGAGACUUACGUGCACAAGAAAAGGAUUCUUAUGACUCCACAUACUAUUGGCAAGCUGUUGGGUUUGAAUGUUGAUACUUCUGGUUUCCACUACACCUCGGGAGAUUAUCAGUCAUCGUCUCACUAGGACACGGUCGUUCAUGCAAUUUGCAAAGACAGAACCAGGACAAAUCGUGUUUAUGUGGAAUCAAAGAACUUAAGGCCGGAAUAUCACAUUUUAUCCUUGAUUAUCUGCUAUAAUGUGCGGCCAACCAUUGGGACAAAGAGGAUUCGCUGGGAUAGGCUAGUUCUUAUGGAUUAAAUAUCAACAUCCCAUUCCUGAUGUGGCAGAGGAUGGUGCACGUUAUUCAGUCUUCCGGGCUGCGAGAGCUACUACCAUUUCCGACGUUGAUUACGCGGAUUCUACAAGACAGUGGGGUAGAUGUCUCUUGUGACAAAUAUGACUAUGGUCUUGAACCAAUUGAUGGAGUGACAUUGGCCAAGUCAAUUAGCACGUUGAAGACUUUCCAGCAAACAAAGGGACCUCCUCGAGCAGCUUCUAGUGCCGCACCUCGACAUGCAGAGCGUGAGGGAUCCUCGAGCUCAGGGAGAGUGGUCACGUUAGAAUCACUUCAUCGUGAGAUGAGUUCUUUAAAGAAAGGCUUCAAGUGGUUGGAAAAGGGGAUAAAGAGAAUUAUGGAGAAGCUUGGAUGUCGACACGACGAUGUUUUUCCAACUUAUACUCGAUCGACAUCGACACAUCCACUUAUUCCACCGACUACUGGUGCAACCGAUGUUGGCGGUCAUGGAGAUGAUGAUAAUGAUGAUGGUGAUGAUGGUGAGGAGGACACAGAGUGAUAUCAUCUUUGAGCUUUAGUAUAUCUGUUUUAUUUUUUCUCCUAGGACUAUGUUUCGCUUGUCUUUGCUCUACUUUACUUUUUGGCCUGUACCUAUGACAUGACUAUUUUUCUGCUUUCUAGUAUGUUUUUACUCUAUAUGCUUUAUUUUGGCAAUUUUUGAUGAAAAAGGGGAGAACAUAGGUAGACAUGUACUGAGCAAAGUGGGAGAAGAAUUGAAGAUCAAAGAGGGAGAAGAAGAGAAGAACUUGAAUGUAAGAAUAUCUUGGUUGUGAAUUUCUACAUCAUUUUCGAUCGUGUGUUUUUGCAGGUUUUUGCAGGACUUGAAGACUUCGAGACUCCUAGUUGCGUCUAAGUCAUAGAGUCUGUUUUAGGAGUUUUGAUGUAAUUUUGAACUUCAUAUUGUAUUUGGAUUGCACGCGAGAAGUUUGAUGUUUUGGUGAUGACAUUGAACUUCGUUUUUUAUUUAAGAUGUAAUGAGUUUUGUCACAAAAUUGCCAAAGGGGAAAAUUGUUAAGUAUUGUGUGUUAGCAAGUUUCG